AUGAGCCUGGGGAAGCUGCCGGUGCUCAGCUGGGUGUCAGGCUCCCGGGACGUCUUCGGGGACACCUCCUUCCUCAGCAACCAUGGCGGGGCUGACACGGCCAAAGGCAACAACUUCUUUGCCCGGACGCUGCGGCACGUCCGCCGGUCGCCCCUGAGGAGGCGGGGCAGCGGGGGCCAAGCAGGGGCAUCACCUGCCCCCCCGGCCAUCUCGCCCAUCAUCAAGAAUGCCGUCUCCCUGCCACAGCUCAACGAGGUGACAUACGAUGGAGGUGGUGGCCGGGGCUUGACCAGCAAGUUCUCCUUCAAAAGUGCCUCCAACAACUUCUCCAAAACACACCAGGCCUAUGGGCUGGAGUCUGGGUUUUGCACCAUCCCUCGUGUCCCUCGCCUGGAAAAGGCCCAAGAGAGCACGUUCCCCAGGGAAGCAGAGCUGAAGCGCUCAGACUCCCUGCUCUCCGACUCCCUGCUCUCCUUCCGCCUGGACCUGGGGCCCUCCCUAAUGAGCGAGCUCCUCCAGGUGAUGAACUUCUCUGAAACCAAUGGGAAUGAGGUGGGGGAGGAUGACCCAGACCUCCUGUGUGAGGAGGGCACCAAGGACGAGGUCCCUCCAGUAUCAGGUGCAUCCUAUGGAAAGGACCAGGCAACAUCCAGCUUCUGGGACCGCUCUGGGCAGAGCAGCCUGUCAGGGGCCAGCUCACUGCCAGGACUGUCAGCCCGUGCCAACGGGGAGGCACACGCCGUCAAGGGUGCAGGAGAAGACCCUGCCUGGGCUUCGGGGCUAGGGGCAACACCCAAAGGGACCCCAUGGCAGGGGCACUGGAAUGACUGCACCAUCGAGGCGGGAGAGUUUGAUCGGGCAGCCCCGGUCCUGGCCCGCCAUUAUGGUGGGACCAGCACUCCCCGGAGCUCGGAGAGGGGUGAGGGUCCCCGGCAGGCCCGGACGCAGACCCUGUGGGAGAGUCCCAGCAGCAGCUCAUGGCGAUCACAAGUGUCAGGAGAGAGCCGGUCCCCUGAGGCCACCUGGAACCAAGGAGAGGAGGAGGACGAGCUCUCCAGCCUGCAGGAGGGGUACACUGGUGCCCGGGGGGCACGCAGCAACUCCUUUGAGUAUGCUGACGAGGAGGAGGAUGAUGAAGUCAAGGUGUGA